AUGGCGACCAAAAAUGCGCCCAAGCCCAAAAAGGCUCCCAAGGUCAAGCAGAUGGACUUGCCCAAUGCUGCAAAUGGCGUUGUUACUCGGUUCCCUCCUGAGCCCUCAGGAUACCUUCAUAUUGGCCACGCCAAAGCCGCUCUGCUCAAUGACUACUUCGCUCACAUCCAAUAUCCUGGAGGAAAGAUGAUCUUGCGUUUCGACGACACAAAUACUGAGAAAGAGAAAGAGGAAUAUCAAGAGGCGAUUCGUGAGGAUGUGGCUUUGCUGGGAAUCAAGCCCGAUACGAUUUCGUACACCUCAGACUACUUUGAUCAAAUCAACGAAUACGCGGUCAAGAUCAUCACAUCGGGCAAGGCGUAUGCAGAUGACACUCCCGGAGAUGUGAUGAGUGCACAAAGAUUGGCACGUGAGCCUUCAGUGCACCGCGAUGACAGCGUCGAGGACAAUCUUGCCAGGUUUGAAGAGAUGAAGAAAGGGACGGAUGAAGGACGGAGAUGGUGUAUUCGAGCAAAGAUCUCUCAUGCUAACGACAAUGCUUCCCUCCGAGAUCCUGUCAUUUUCCGCUGCCCCAAGAACCAAGCGCCCCACCAUCGAACCGGCGACAAAUACAAAGCCUAUCCCACCUAUCAGUUCGCCUGCCCUAUUGUCGAUUCACUCGAGGGUGUAACUCAUGCUUUGAGAACCACCGAAUACAACGAUCAAGAUGCCCAGUACAAAUGGAUCCUAAAGGCACUUGAACUGCGAGCACCUUUCAUCUGGACCUUCUCUAAAAUUCAAUUCAUCCGCACUCUCAUGUCCAAGCGGAAGCUUACCAAGCUCGUUGACGCUGGUAUUGUUACUGGAUGGGACGACCCUCGCUUCCCGACCGUAAGAGGUAUUCGGCGACGCGGAAUGACCAUAGAGGGAUUGCGGGAUUUCAUGGUCAGUCAAGGACCAAGCAGGAACGUCGUCAAUAUGGACUGGCAUACGAUUUGGACCUCCAAUAAGAAAGUCAUCGAUCUGAAGGGUGCCAGGUAUACUGCCAUUGACAAGAGCCACGUUGUUGCUAAGGUGACGGGUGCUCCAGAGAAGCCUUACUCCGAGAUGAAGCCUUGUCAUGCAAAGUACGAUCUAGGCGAGAAGAAAGUGUGGUACAGUCAGAAUCUUAUCAUCGAGCAAGAGGACGCAAGAACAUUCGCCAAGGACGAGGAAAUCACACUGAUGAACUGGGGUAACGCAAUUGUCCGAGAUAUCCAGUACGAGAAAACAACAGAUAAGGCUGAUGUCGCGGACGGGGUUGAGGCACUCGGCAAUGUUUCAUCACUUGAGCUUGAACUCCAUCUCGAGGGUGAUUUCAAGGCUACUAAGAAGAAGAUCACUUGGCUUUCUCAAGAUCAAGAUCUUGUACCUGUCGAGCUGGUUGACUUUGACCAUUUGUUGGCCAAGGACAAGUUGACUGAGGAGGAGGAGACGCACUGGGAAGAUUUCCUGACUGCAAAGAGCGAGUUUCAUUCAAAUGCUGUGGCUGACUGCAACAUUCGAGACAUCAAAGUUGAUGAGGUCAUUCAAUUCGACAGGAAAGGUUAUUUCAGAUGCGACAAAGCUGUCUCGGACGAUGCUCCAGGUCUCUUUUUCAAGAUCCCUACGGGUAAGGAGUAA